AUGUCACUCCUUCGUGCCUGCAAGCAGGCCUAUGGCCUUUCCAGGCAAACGACGCCCGGUAUAACCUCUUCUCUGCGGCGCUUUGCCUCUUCAGAGACGCCUGCUCCAGCCGCAGCGGAGAAGGUUGACUCCGAUAUUGUCCCUGCUCACCCGGACAAGGAUAUUCUCGCCGCAGAUGCAAUUAGCGGCGCCCCAGAGCAGCUUCGCCACCGUGUAGUUCGUAUCUACCAGCCAACCCGGAAUACAAUGCAGAGCGGCGGAGCGAAGACAGAGAGAUGGAGGGUUGACUUUGAUAUUCUGCAGGGCGGUGGUCGAUGGGAGAACCCGUUGAUGGGAUGGGCAAGCUCUGCCGACUACAUGCAGGGUACCCGAAUGUCGUUCAGAUCAAAGGAAGAUGCAGUUCAUUUCGCAGAGAAACAAGGGUGGGAUUACUAUAUUCAACCUGCAACGGUGAAGAGGAUUCCGCCCAAGAACUAUGCCGAGAACUAUGUGUACAAGCCUCAUAAGUUGCGUAUUGCGCGCACCAAGUGA